CGCGAUGCUAUUUUGAUCGUUUUUUGGCCGACAUUUAAAUUUAUGUCACUGCCGUCUCGAAAGUAUCCAAAGUUGAUGCCCUGAUUUGAUACACCCAGGCAAACACCUUAGUUGGUAUGGUUUUGGAGGUUGUAGGAAAACUAGUACAGUCAGAACCAGAUGAAGUGGUCUUCAUCUUCUUUUGGAAGCGUUCGACUUCGCAGAUCAUGUUGAUUUCGAAGUUCUUGUAGGCGUUACUUUUUAGUUCCUCUCGACUUUUUCUGUUUUGUCUACCGCUACUCCAGCAUCUCAUAGAGCCUAUUAUGGGGAAUUGUGCCUCCUCCUCGCCGCGCAGUGAUAAAAAGCGCUGGGACAGAAGCCCAAAAACCUAUAGCACGACCCCCAUCCACAUACACCCGUCCUGCAGAAACAAUAGUGGGUUCCGUUUCGGUGACUCUUCGAAAACGCGACCGAAGAGCACAAGGCCGCCCCGGGUUCUGCACGGGAAGAAUGACGAGUCCAGCAGUCCCUCGACGCUCGCCUCCACGGCGACGCCGCCCGAAAGUCCAUGGAAUUCGGAAGGAGAGCGAGAGCUAGGACCAGAGCAGAAAGCGAAGAACUUAAACAGGUCGGGGCUGGACCUCCAGCAGCAGCCGCGCAAUCCGAAGGUAUCAUUAGAUUCGAAUCCUCGUCCGGUGAGUCCAUUUUUGGGUAAGGAGACACGGUCGGAACUGCAGCAGAAAGCCGCAUUCAACCAACUGAAUCCGAACACAAGAGCGAAGAACGGCGUCGUGCCACAGGCAGCGCAACCGCAGCAGAAGUGCGCCCAGUGCAGAACCAAAACCACCCCCGCAACGCGUCUGUGUUGCCACAAAUGCGGCAAAUGGUACUGUUUGAAGCACCGCCACCCAGAGGACCACGCUUGUAGCGCUUAACAAGUUACUCAGUGGCCAGUACCUCCGACUCGUGAAAGUUCGAAAAAUGAGUAAAUUUUGAUUCUGUGGAAGAUUUAGAUUUUGGGCAUUACCCGCUUCGAUCAUGUAAGUUUGAGAAGAACAAGAAGUGUACAAUUAUCUCCUCGAGCACCAUCUUCAUCUUCAAGUGAGAAGUUUAAUUUGGGUGGUAUUACGAUAGAUAGCAACCCAACCAUGUACAAUGUUGAUGUUCUGGUAUAAUCCAGAAUCCAAUGAAUGCGUAGCGACUUUUUGAUGUUGGUGAAGCAGUUUCGCCAGGCGACAACAGUACAGACGAGACGAAAUCCAAAUCACGUUUCGUGUUGAAAGGACUAAACGAUGAUACGCAUCAAUCAU